GGGUAUGAGUCCAGUGUGAGCGACUCGCUCCAACCCACUGCGCCUCUCAGUCGCUGGGAGCUGCCAUACAAGCAGGUGUCUGAGCAACGUGUGCAACAGAGCAUGUUGUGACAGCCAUGUCUCUGGAGAUGGAGAAGACCAUCACCAAGCUGAUGUACGACUUCCAGAGGAACUCGACCUCUGAUGAUGAUUCCGGUUGCGCUCUGGAGGAAUACGCCUGGGUUCCCCCGGGCCUCAGUCCAGAGCAGGUGCAUCAAUAUUACAACUCUUUUCCUGAAGAGAAGGUUCCAUACAUUAACAGCCCUGGGGAGAAAUAUCGCAUCAAACAACUGCUUCAUCAGCUGCCCCCACAUGACAAUGAGGUUCGUUACUGUAACUCUUUGGAUGAGGAAGAGAAAAGAGAGUUGAAGCUGUUCAGCAACCAGCGCAAGAAGGACAACCUGGGCAGAGGCAACGUCCGUCCUUUCCCCUUAACCAUUAAUGGCGCCAUCUGUGAUAAGUGCGGUGGUCCGGUAAAGGGAGGCGACAUUGUGCUGUUUGCCGCCAGGGCAGUUCAUGGAAAAUGGUGGCACCCAAAUUGCUUUGUCUGCUGCAUGUGCGAGGAAAUGUUGGUGGAUCUCAUCUACUUCCACCAGGAUGGCAAGCUCUACUGUGGCCGGCACCAUGCCGAGAGGCUGAAGCCCCGCUGCUGUGCCUGUGAUGAGAUCAUCUUUGCUGAUGAGUGCACUGAGGCGGAGGGCAGACACUGGCACAUGAAGCACUUCUGCUGCUACGAGUGCGAGACCGCCCUCGGGGGCCAGCGUUACAUCAUGAAGGAUGGACAGCCGCACUGCUGCAACUGCUUCGAGUCUCUUUAUGCAGAGUACUGUGAUGCAUGUGGAGAACAUAUAGGCAUUGACCAAGGCCAGAUGACAUAUGAUGGACAGCACUGGCACGCGACUGAAGAAUGUUUUUGUUGCGCUCAUUGCAAACGUUCUCUACUCGGCCGUCCCUUCCUUCCAAAGCAGGGACAGAUCUUCUGCUCACGCUCCUGUAGUGCCGGACAGGAUCCAGAUGAGUCCGAUUCGUCAGACUCUGCAUUCCAGAGCGCCCGAUCCCGUGAGUCUCGCCACAGCACCAAGAUUGGUAAAAAGGAGCGCAGGAAUGCUGAGCAGGAGCGAAGGAGUGUUGAGGCCCGCCAAUCAGCUCUUCACCCCAUGCCUGACCGUCUGUCAGCUGAAAUUGAUCCACUGACUGUUCAGAUGGACCGUUUAAGUGUAUCAGCCAGCCAGACCCCGAGCAGAACACCUAACCGCACUCCCAGCCGCACUCCAAGCCGCACUCCAAGUCGCGCUCCGAGCCUUAACCAGGUGUGGAUGAGCCGAGAUGACCCUUACGUCCCUGCUGCCUUUGAGGGCCCCCAGCGAGAAUCUUCUCCCACGCCCCCAUCUAUUCAUCUUUUGGGUCAGUGUAAUGCUAGGCAGGGCUACAAUCCCAACUCAAAUGUGCAUCCUCCAGCCCAGAGUCCCGUCAACCCAGGAAAGCGGCCUGAUUCCUGGGGAAAAGAACAAGGCAAAGCAAACAGGACACCAAUGGCUGCCCUGAGGGGUCACUCCUUUAAUGAUAACUGGAUGCACCAUAGCCAGGAUGAGUUCCGGCCCAACAAGUUACGCACCCAAAUGAGUUUCAACGAGAUGUCAAGCCAGAACCAAGGAUUUUCUGACAAAAGGAGCAUUAGCCUGCAUGGAUUCCAGAGAGACGGGAGGCCCCCACUAACCAGAAGAAACCCCAUCAAUGCCAUGAGCUUCAAUGAGCCUCUGACUCCAGUGGAACAGACACCUCGUGGCUCCGUGGACUCCCUCACUGUGUCGAAUGCUACAGGCAAAUCUCUGGAUGGGGUCAGCAAGCGUCAGGAGAAUUUGUCCAGGUUCUCCAUGCCUGACCUGAGCAAGGAUUCAGGUGUAAACGUGUCUGAAAAGAGCAACAUGGGAACGCUUAGCUCUUCAGUCCAGUUCCAUAGUACAGAGUCUCUGUCCUCUUCUCGUCCCUUUAACAACAACAUGUACACCCCACACAGCGUGGGCUACCCACUGCAGUACUGGGAUGGCCCACGGCCACUGGGUUUUGAUAGCAAAGGUCAUGUUGGGGUUAUGGGAAGCAGUGGGAACUUGCGGAUGGCUCCCAUGAGUGACAGAAUACCCCGCCGACUCAUAAACGGGCAGGAACUCUCAUCCCAGAAUCAACAGCCUCAACCGAGACAUCGCAAACACCAUCGGGGAAGCGGGCAACACCGCAGCGCGCGCCACCACAAACGCUCCCGUCGUUCUCGCUCUGACAACGCGCUGCACCUGGUAACUGACCGACCUACUCAAAUGGUGGAGCUGCCCUACCAUCGUGUCCAGGAGGAUUACGAUCGCCUCUCUUCUGGUCACGCUGCUAGGGAGUUGUUUGGGCCGGAGCCAGGCGGAUUCCGACAACAACCCCAUCGGCCGUGUCCCCGCACCACUUCUGAUCUCACCCUGCAAAAUGCUGGCUGGCAGCCUGUUGGGUUGGGUGGGCCACGCUGGCACGAUGGGCACAUGCAAGCCGCCGACCCAUGGUGCUCCAGCUGCUCCUCUUCCUCUGAAUCGGAGGAAAACGAGGGCUACUUCAUGGGGGAACCCAUCCCUCGGCCCGUGCAGCUGUGCUACAUCAACAACGAGGAGCUACGCCAUCGCUACAGCCCCUCUGCAAUGGGCGGCCACCACGGACCUCUGCACGGACCCAUUCAUGGCCAGCUCCAUGCCCGCCAGAGGAGGAAGAGCAAAAACUGCAUCAUUUCAUAAAUUUAGAAAUAAAUUAUGAUGCGGGCACAAGUAGGGAUGUGAAGGAGAUAAAAGAGACAGGGGAGGAGACAAUAAAAGCAACAGAGAGUGGGUAGCUGAGUGUGAGAUAGUGACAGAUAACAGUGUGUGCGUGUGUGUGUGUGUGUGUGUGUGUGUGUGUGUGUGUGUGUGUGUGUGUGUAGGGGUGGACGGAAAGAGGCCUAUUUUUCAUGCUGUGAGGUUACACAACUCGGUAGUGUUUGUGUACACCUACACAGAAUGAUUUAACAACAAGAGGAAGCUCAGUUGUCUUACACAACACAAAACAAAAAGAAUGUUUACACUGAACCUCUGAUGGUACCAAGAAGCACUGCUUAAUUAGACUACUAAAUAUGAAUGUGGUCAAGGUAAAUAAGACGUCUGUGUGUGUCUGUGCUUGUGUCCAUGUUCUAGGGAGAUUGAACAAUGAAUUCCUUAACAGGUCAAAAGGGAACUGCAGUGGUGUCACAGCUCACAGGUCUCACAAAGCCUUUGGCAUUAAAUGUAUCAAUGUGGACAAUGCAGAAGUUGUGUCGGGCAGGUGAAAGCUCCAUGCUAGAUUCCAAGCUGUCAUUGUUUUACCUCACUGGAAUCUAAAUGCGGCUGGAAUAUAGUUUUAGCUUGCUAGCCCAGUUAGCACCAUGUACAAAUAGUCUGUUGAACUUUGUGCUCUGCAUAGCCAACUCUCCAUGCUUUACCAAGGACAGAGCGCCAGGUGGCCUAUACAAACAGCAGCCCAUACUAUGGGGUGUCGUUUGUAAAGCUGCUCACGCCAAAAAUAACGGCAACAUUUUAGCUUCAA